AUGGAGAACUCGAAAUCAACAUUGCGUAACAAUCUAACAGGGCACCAACGGGAAAAGGGUCGAAAUGCUUACAAAGAAAUGUGGGUUGUUCAGAUUCAGUAUAUCUUUCAUAAAACCGCAUUCUACGCUUGGAGAGUUAGCCAGUGCAAGACUUGGCCUUGGGUAUGA